AUGUACGCUCUCGCGAGCCUGUACUACAUCUUCCCGCUUCUGAAGGCCGAAGCAAACAUCGCCAUUCCUUCAUCCAUUCGCCUCGCGCCCAGCCCUCUCCGCGCCUUCGCCUUCGCCUUCGCCACCAUGGCGGAAGCAGCAUUCGCCAAGACGUUCCUCUCAAGCCUCGACUCCCGCCCCAUCAAGCUCUCACCAGACCACGUCGAAGAUGCCAAAUCCUUCCCGCCCCGCCCUCCCGUGCGUCCUUCCCUUCCCCAGCCCAACAAAAGGGCCUGUAACAGGACAGGACCAGAACAGGAGAAAGAAGCAAAAACUCACAAAAUGCAGUACAUCCUCCCCCGGAUGCCCAACCCCAUGAGCAAGCCCAGGACCGUCCUCCCCGGGCAAGAGCGCAGCCUCACCGUGACCCUCAAGUCCCUCCGCAACCCGCCGCUCGAUCUGAAACUCACCUCGCAGCCGCUCAACACGUCCAUACUCGACAUCAAGACCAGGGUGGCGCGGCAGACGAGCAUACCGGUCGACAAGAUGAAGAUCCUGCACAACAAGCGCCCCCUGACGGACAGCAAGGUCCUCAAGGACGUGGUGGGCGAUUCGGACCUGCGGCUCGACUUGUCCGUCAUGGUCAUGGGCGGCGCCGCGGCCAUGCAGCCCGAGGGCAAGGCCGACGCCGCGGCAAAGGCGAGUGGGUGGGAUGCCCUGACCACGGACGCCUUCUGGGACGAUUUGAGGGGCUUUUUGGAGCAGCGGCUCAAGGACGAGAAUGCCGCGGCCGACCUGGGGGCCUUGUUUAAACGGACUUGGGAGUCUAGUCGCUCUGCAACCAUGAUCUGA